AAGACAGACUGUCUAUGUUCAAAAAAGAACAGAAGAGAAAGACAUAGUCCCUUUUCUUUUAAUUCCAUUUUUUUUUAAGUAAAUGGGAACCAUUUCUUGCGUCAGUAAUUUCAUAUUUCUCUCGAAAAACUCAAUCUCUUCCUCAUCCCUACCCUUUUUCAAGAAACCAAUCCCAAUUUUCCAAAGCUUCAACUUCUCUUCUUCUUCUUCUCUUCAAGUCUCAGCUUCCUCCACCUCUGGGAAAGCAAUGGUGGGAGAGAAUGAUCUGCUAAUUGUGGGACCAGGUGUUCUUGGUCGCUUGGUGGCUGAAAAAUGGAGGGAGGAACAUCCUGGAUGUCAAAUUUACGGGCAGACUGUGACGACAGACCACCACAAUGAAUUAAUCUCACUGGGGAUUAAUCCAUUUUUGAAGGAGACUAAAACAGAUCAGAAGUUCCCCUAUGUGAUUUUUUGUGCUCCUCCUUCAAAAACCCCAGAUUAUGCUGGUGAUAUUAGAUUGGCUGCUUUAAGCUGGAAUGGUGAAGGUUCGUUUGUAUUCACAUCGAGCUCUGCACCAUAUGAUUGCAAUGACAAUGGACCUUGUGAUGAGGACACACCAACUGUGCCGAUUGGGAGAAGCCCUAGAACAGAUACCCUUCUCAAGGCUGAAAAUGUGGUGCUGGAAUUUGACGGUUGUGUCGUUAGGUUGGCUGGACUAUAUAAAAUGGAUAGAGGUGCACAUUUCUAUUGGUUGCAUAAGGGGACCGUUGAUGCUCGUCCUGAUCACAUCUUGAAUCUUAUACACUAUGAGGAUGCAGCUUCCCUCUCAGUCACUAUUCUGAAGAAGAAACUUCGGGGUCGGAUUUUCCUGGGUUGUGACAAUCAUCCUUUGUCUAGGCAAGAAGUAAUGGAUUUGGUUGAUAAAAGUGGGAAAUUCGACAAAAAGUUCCAAGGCUUUACAGGCACUAGUGAUCCUUUGGGCAAGAAGUUGAACAACUCGAAUACUCGUAAGGAAUUAGGAUGGGAGCCAAAAUAUCCUAGCUUUGCCCACUUUCUCGGAGUUUCGGAAUAACUCGUACCUUCAUCUUCGUUGCGGGGAUUUAUCAUAGAAGAAACUCGAUUUAGUUUGCUAGGGAAUCUUUUGCCUGCAUGCUGUUGUGCCUCUUUUCUUUUCUCACUUCUCCAAUAGGUUGUGGCAAAUACUUGUUCAUAUACAGUGUCUGAACACUCACACCAGUUUUAUUAAUAAAAAAAUUAUACAUUGGAACACUUUCA